CCCUUACUCUCUCCUCACCACUAUCCUCAUUCAGACACACAUCACCAUCCAUCUCUCGAUCCUACCAUCCUCACAUCCUGCCACUGCAUGCAGUCUGUAGAAUAUGUGAUAACCUCAGCCAUGGCCACCACCCGCGGCCUACCACUGCUCCUCUACGCCCUCUUGGCCCUGGCGGCCACCACCCUCAGCCUCACUCCCAACAGCACCAACCCCAUCUCCCGCGAACUCUUCUUCGAGCUUGAAGAGCUGGCCAGGAUAGUCGAUAUAUCCUAUUGUGUGGGAACUGCCGGACUCGGUAUCAAGAAACCCUUCGAAUGCGCCAGCCACUGCGGCGAUGAAGCCUUCAAGGACUUUGAGCUGGUCACCGCGUGGAACACAGGCCCGCUCCUGUCUGACUCCUGCGGCUAUAUUGCCGUAUCUCACCCUCCCUCGUCUCCACGCAUUAUUCUCGCCUUUCGCGGCACAUACUCCAUCACCAACACUAUCGUCGACCUUUCCACCGUCCCGCAGGAAUACGUACCCUAUCCUGGCGAUGACGAGGGCGGUGAUGACACACAUUCCGAUUUCCUCAGCCCUAUUCUUGGGCCUCUCGGCACGCACCCCGCAGAGAGCACAGUGAAAGACGACAAAAACGAAGAGGACCAACAGGAUCCACCGCCCGCCGAUCCCCCCAAGUGUGCCAACUGCACGGUACAUACAGGUUUCUACUCCUCGUGGCUCAACACGCGCAAGGCCAUCCUCCCAGACCUGACCGCCGCUAUCGAAAAGUAUCCCGGUUACAAGCUCGUGCUUGUCGGACAUUCACUGGGCGGUGCUGUGGCCACCAUCGCUGGACUUGACCUCCAGGCUCGCGGUUGGGAUCCGUACGUGACUACAUUUGGUGAACCGCGCAUCGGCAACAAGGAACUCGCGGCCUACGUCAACGAGCGCUUCAACAUCAGUAAUAGCACCACUACCGCAACCAACAAGUUCCAUCGUGUGACACACGCCAACGAUCCUGUACCCCUCCUUCCACUUGCCGAGUGGGGCUACACAAUGCACAGCGAAGAGCUUUUCAUCUCUGCAGACUCUCUACCUUAUUCUCAGGAAGAUAUCCGUCAUUGCGAUGGCGACGAGGACCCUACAUGUAUCGCCGACGCCGAUCCCUCGAAUCCACCCAGCUGGGGAAUCCCCACGCGCUUCAAAUUUUGGGAACUGUUCUUCGCGCACCGCGACUACUUUUGGAGAAUAGGAUUGUGCGUCCCCGGCGGCGACCCGAAGGAUUGGUAUAGGAAAUAUCCUAAGCAUGGGAAUGAUGAGGAUGAUGUGCAGAGUACGAUUGAUGAAUUGUGA